GGCUCAUGGUCACAUGGAGGUGGAAGAGGCCAAGAAUCCAGUUUCCAUUGAAGAAUGAGAAAGAACACUGCUACACUGCUCAACUGGUACCAGUCGUCAGGAACUCUUUAUAGAAAGUCCAAACUCCCCGCGUCCGCGACGCGCUCCGCCGAAUCGGCUUGCUUUCAUGACUCCGUUUUUCCCUCGCCCAACCUCCAUGUCCACGAUUUCAACCCCCUUUUCCUCCAAAUAAUCCCUGCUCCCCCGCUCAGUGAACAGUGAUACCGUCAUGUUGAGUGCAUUCAAGUUCGUCCUGCUGUCGCUCCUUUCGGCGUCAGUGAGGUGCCAAGACAAUAAUAACAACGACUCAAGGAACAGCAAGCGAUUUUUUGAGGACAAUAAAGGGCAAGAAGAAUUUAUAUGUCCUGAGGGUGCUGGAAAUGGCAAUUUUGCGGAUCCGGCCACGUGCAGGAGAUUUUAUCAGUGCGUCGACAACUAUCCAUACUUAAACAGGUGUCCCUCCGGCCUUUACUUCGACGAUGUUAACAAACUUUGCACAUUCAAAAGUGAAGCUAGGUGCGGUCCUCUUCCAACGACAACUGCACCAUCAACGGAAACACCAACAGACAACGCAGUGAAGUGCAACACAGGUUCCUGCCAACUGCCAUACUGUUUCUGCUCGAGUGAUGGAACUCGAAUUCCCGGCGGUUUAAAUCCAUCUGAGACCCCUCAAAUGAUUCUAUUGACUUUCGACGGUGCUGUCAAUCAGAAUAACUACCCAUACUACCAGAAAGUGCUGUCCACCCGGAAGAACCCCAACGGAUGCCCGAUCAAAGGAACCUUCUUCAUUUCUCACGAAUAUUGUGAUUACAACAUGGUUCAAGAGCUAGCGCACGAGGGACAUGAAAUUGGAACUGAGACAAUCUCACUUCAACAAGGGCUUCAAGAUAAAGGUUACGAAGAAUGGGUCGGAGAAAUGAUUGGCAUGCGAGAAAUCCUCCGUCAUUUCGCAAACAUCUCCAGAAGCGACAUUGUUGGAAUGAGAGGUCCAUUCCUCAAGCCAGGCCGAAAUGCACAGUACGAAGUUGCUGAAGAUUUUGGAUACAUCUACGACAGUUCAAUCGGUAUUCCACCCCUAAAAAUACCAAUCUGGCCAUACACUCUAGACCACAAAAUACCUCAUGAAUGCAAAUCUGGAACUUGCCCCACAAAAUCAUUCCCAGGUAUUUGGGAAGUUCCGCUGAACGCCCACUACGUCGAGACUUACGAGGGUGGUCACUGCCCUUACUUGGACCAAUGCGUGUUGCAUAACCACGACCCCGACGAGGUAUUCGAGUGGCUCAAAGAGGACUUCGAGCGAUACUACACGCAGAACAGAGCGCCGUACAUGAUGCCUUUCCACACGAACUGGUUCCAGAUCAAAGAACUUGAAAGAGGUCUCCACAAGUUCAUCGACUGGGCCAAGGCCAAGCCUGAUGUUUGGUUCGUAACGAUAACGCAAGCGCUCACCUGGAUGACCGAUCCAAAACCAGCCAAAGAUCUAAGCACGUACGAGCCAUGGAAGUGUGAUAAAAAAGACGCCCUCCCAGCGCCGCCAUGCAAUUUGCCCAACAAAUGUGCUCUUUCAUUCAAGCCCCCUUCUGCCAACUUCUCCACUACUAGGUAUCUAUCAACAUGCAGAGAAUGCCCGAACCGGUAUCCAUGGCUGGGUGACUCCGAGGGCACAGGAAUAUCAGGAAAAGACGUAUACACGCCCGAAACGCAAAGGAGGAAGUAGAUACGAUCAAUCUCCCACAAAAUCGUCAAAAGCAUCGUGAUUACAAUAUAAAACAAAGAAGAACUGUUAAUUUUAAUUCUUUGCGAUGAAGAAAAUGAUUCUCCUAUUUUCGUUCAGAUUUUCUUAAAAUUAGUCAUCCGAAUAAAUCCGUAAAUUUCAAAAUGA